AUGCGAGUACGUUCACGGAAACAAGUUGCUGGGGCCAUCUUUGAGACUUCACCAACGCCAAUGAAGAUGAUUCAAAACACAUUAUUUGAACUAGGAAUAUUAGCUGCACGUUUCAUGUAUUUGCGGUUUGAUCAUCUUGAGACCAAGCUUCGCACUGGGCCCACCAGGCCAGGAUCAACUCCUUUAGAACUAAAAGAGUUUAUUGGGCCCAUUUGGACAGUAUCUACUCCUUUGGAACUGAAAGAGUGA